AUGCUCCGCCGCGUCGUCCUGUCCAGCGCUGCUUUUCGCCGUGUGUCUCCCCAGAUGCGCGGUGUUAGCCAGACUUCCGUCCGGUUUAGUGAGGAGAGCGCGAAUACCGCGGACGAAGCUGCUGCUAAGAAGGAGUCCGAGUCUGAGGCGCCUGUUGUGGAGCUGUCGGAGACGGAGAAGCUGCAGAAGGAGAUUGAAGAGCUCUCGGCGAAGAACAAAGACAUGAACGACCGCCUCUUGCGGGCACUGGCAGAUGCUGAGAACGUGCGUCGCAUCUCGCGCAUCGACGUGAGCAACGCCCGUGAGUUUGCCAUCUCGAAGUUUGCCAAAGCGCUGCUGGACGUGUCGGACAACCUGAAGCGCGCACACGAGAGCAUUGACGUUGACGCACUGGAGCCAAAGAAACAGCUGGAUGCUAUCAAAGUAUUGCACGAGGGGGUCGUGAUGACGGAGAGCCAGUUGCAGAAGGUCUUUCGGGAGUUCAAGAUCAAUCAGGUGGGCGCGGUGGGGGACAAGUUUGACCCCAAUGUGCACGACGCAUUGUUCGAGUACGACGAUGCGACCAAGGAAGCAGGAUCCAUUGGACAGCUGAUGAAACCGGGCUACUUGUUGAACGAACGGGUUAUCCGACCAGCGCAGGUUGGUGUCGUCAAGGCUUCUAAGGCGCAGUAA